AAUUGUUCAUCAAAAGUUAAACGUGGAUAAGUCCUAGAUUAGGUUUCAGUAAUUUCAAUUUGAAGUUUUUGUAAAACAAAGAAAUGAGUGAAGGAAUUUCAAAAAAGAGGGCCGCCAGGAUUGAGCGAAGAAAAGCCAAAAUUUCAGCAAUUUUUAAAGUCGACGAAGAACAAGAGAAAGUGCCCUGUAUUAAAGAAGAUGAACAGUUAGUGGAGCCUGUGCAGAAGCAGCCUAGACUCAGUGAUGAAGAAUACCACACACUUAGAAUAAAACUCAGAGAAAAAAAGAGGCAGAUACAGUGUGGUCCAAGAUUUAGACUAAUUCAACUAGGCCUCACAGCCAGUUUAAAUCUGCCCAAAGCCUCCCGUACUCCUGUUUUAGUGACUGAUGUGCAAUCUCUAUUUCUGUAUACUGUUGUUGGUGAUACAUAUAAUUAUGAUUCAUACAAAUGGUGUGACCUUGCAAGAUGGAAUAAUUUAACACAAACGCUAAUAUUUAUUAUUGAAGAUGUAUCAGUUGAUGAGUAUGAAGGAAACACUGACAUUUUUGCAGAGACCUUCAAAAUAUUUGAAGAUGGAGUGGAAAUGAGCAAUCCAGUAAGUGAUGGCUUUAGUCUUGAUCUUGCAUUGGCUUAUGUACCCAUUAGUCAUGAAAUGAAGAAUAGGGUUAUGGAAGGAUAUCCUUCAUUACAUGCCGCUUGUGAGGACGGAUACAUUCACGGGGUUACCGAUCCCACUGUUCAGACACUUAAUGCUAAUACAACUACAGAAUGCCAUGGUGUGAAGAACAACGAAGUUUUAUCCAGGAAGACGAAUAGCGCAGCAGAUACAGAAAUAUUCAGUCAAGAAAGCAGCGACAUAUCCACCAUUGUUGAAACAAAAACUAUCGAUGCGGCUAGGAAUAGUGAACAAAGAAGGCAAUCCACUGAGGUAGACCCAAUGAACAAAGAUGAGGUGCAUGUUGGAAAAAUAGCAUCUUCAAUCGAAGAUUCGAAAUCCGAUGUUUCGACACAAGAAGAAACAAGUGGAUGUAGUCGACUUGCACUUUUGUUAAAUGCCUCUCAGCUUAUAUCUGAACUAUAUCCUCUUCCUGGAUAUGAGGAAUAUGAAAAUUUUAAGUUCACUCAAGAUAAAUACGAUCCCGUGACUGAUCGUUCACCUAUGUUUUCGAUAGAUUGCGAGUGGUGCAUUUGUGUUGACGGGUCCUAUGGUUUAGCUCGUGUAGCCGUCGUCGACGAAAAUCUAAAAACGCUUUAUCAUACUUACGUUAAACCGGAUGUGGAAAUUGCGGAUUACCUUACCAGAUAUUCGGGAAUAACAGAAGAAUUGCUGAGAGACGUGGAGAAGAGACCAUGCGAUGUCCAGCAGGAUCUGCGAAAUCUAUUGCCCUCUGACGCGAUUCUCGUUGGUCAAUCUCUUCAGUCUGAUUUGAAAGCAUUAAAGUUGUUUCAUCCGUACAUCAUCGAUACGUCCGUGAUUUUCAAUAUGACUGGCACGCGUAGCUUCAAAAGCAAGCUUAAAGUGUUGGCAGCCUCCUUUUGUGGCCGUCAAAUUCAGAAUUCUAUGGAUGGCCAUGAUCCGACUGAAGAUGCUAUUGCUGCAAUGGAACUUGUAUUGUUAAAAAUUAAGAUGGGUACUGAGUUUGGAGAUGCGAUUCUGUCGAGGAAUGCUAUGCAAAAAAUCAAGGAUUCCGCGUUGGACCACGAUAUUCAAAUGAAGCUAUUUACGUUCAUCCAGAGUCAUAAUAGGAGUGCAACAUUGAUUACCACGUCACUGUCUCUGCAAAAAUCAUACCACCCUAGAUUACUUACACUAAACAAGGCCGUGGUUAAACGCAAAAAAGCAGAUGAAGCCUUGGUAGACCCUGUUCAGAUUGUAUUGGCUAGUGAUUUCCAGGAUGCGGUGACAAGGACGAGAGCCUCGCGAUUCAAUAGCAGUUUUACCCUUGUUCAUACGUACGCAGGAACAGGAGAACAGCACAAUCGUAAAGAGAAGCUGAAAGAAAUCGACAAAGCCAUUGCAAAUAUGUAUACUGGUAUUUCUUUGAAUGGGAUGAUGAUUGUAAUUUUUGGUGGGAAAACUAAUCCGACACAGAACGGAGCAUGUCUUGUACGCGUUAAUAAACACUCAAUUUAGGCAAUUGGGGUACUG